AUGGUUGUCCACGACGGCCACGAGUAUCUCACCGAGGAGGAGAAGCGGUUGAAAGAGGACAGAGAGCGAACCAAGUACUGGAAGAAAUGGGGCCCGUAUGUUGCCGAAAGGCAGUGGGCGACAGUUCGAGAGGAUUACAGUGCCGACGGUGAUGCCUGGAGCCAUUUCCCUCACGAUCACGCCCGGUCUCGAACUUUCAGAUGGGGCGAGGACGGUAUUGCCGGUGUCUCGGAUACACAUGGAUUUCAGAACAUUGGCUUUGCCUUUUGGAACGAAGAAGAUCCCUUUUUGAAGGAGCGUCUUUUUGGACUGUCCAACCCGCAAGGAAAUCACGGCGAAAGUAUCAAAGAAGCCCAUUUCCAUGUUGAUAACACUCCUCACUCCUAUAUGAAGUUCCUUUACAAGUAUCCUCAGAAGCUGUUCCCUUAUGACGAUCUGAUCAAGGAGAACGCUCGGAGAACAAGACAAGACAAAGAGUACCAGCUUCUUGACACUGGAAUUUUCGAUGACAAUAGGUACUGGGACAUCUUCAUCGAAACAGCGAAAGAGACGGAUGAUCCAGAUGAACUCCUCUUCCGUGUAACUGCUUGGAACAGAGGACCUGAUCCAGCCCCGCUCCACAUCAUACCCCAUGUAUGGUUCCGGAACACUUGGAGCUGGGGUAGAGAGCCAGAAGACAAGAAGCCCAACAUCGCGGCCUACACCGAAGACUCCGCCAAGUCCAAGCACUGGAAGCUGGGAGAGAGAUAUUUCCUUCUUUCCCCUUCUCCUGGCGUUGGCUCGUCGGGAACAGACGUCAUGCCUCAGCUCAUGUUUACCGAGAAUGACACAAACUACGAGCGUCUUUAUGAACAGGAGAAUCCACAGCCCUAUGUGAAAGAUGCCUUCCACAGAUACAUUGUUGACGGAGAGAAAGGGGCCAUUAACCCUAACCAAACCGGCACAAAGUGCGCUGCCUGGUAUAACUUCAACGAAGACGGCGGUGUUAACCCUGGUGAAUGCGCUGUUGUUCGUUUCCGAUUCACCAAGCGAGAUGAGUCGUAUCUCGACGAAGAGGAAUUUGACGACCUCAUUGAAAAGCGGAGAGAGGAAGCAGAUGAAUUCUACUACCGACUUAGCCCUCUUCCUAUGACUGAGGAUCUGCGUAACAUCCAGAGACAAGCCUUUUCGGGCAUGAUGUGGACAAAGCAACACUACCACUUCAUUUGGGAUCAGUGGGCGAAGGGAGAUCCCGGAACCCUUCCUCCACCCGCCGACCGAAUGGGCAUACGCAAUCAACAGUGGAGGCAUAUGCAUUGCGACGAUAUCUUGUCAAUGCCAGACUCUUGGGAAUACCCAUUCUUUGCCGCUUGGGAUAGUGCCUUCCACUGCAUUCCCCUGGCAAUGAUUGACCCUGACUUUGCAAAGAAGCAGCUUGAUCUGUUCACCAGAGAAUGGUACUGCCACCCCAAUGGUCAAAUACCUGCAUAUGAAUGGAACUUUGGCGAUGUCAACCCCCCAGUCCACGCCUGGGCCACUUUCAGAACGUUCAAGAUUGAGAGAAAGCUGUACGGCCGCCAGGAUAUCGAUUUCCUUGAGCGAGUCUUUCAAAAGCUUCUACUCAACUUUACGUGGUGGGUAAACCGAAAAGAUGCAGACGGCAAAAACGUCUUUGAAGGUGGGUUCUUGGGACUCGAUAACAUCGGUCUGUUCAACCGCUCCGAGCCACUGCCCACGGGUGGUGUUCUUGAACAGGCUGACAGCACCGGCUGGAUGGCAUUCUACUGCCUUUCCAUGCUGAACAUUGCCCUUGAGCUUGCAAAGCAUCGUCGCAUCUAUGAGGAUAUUGCCUCCAAGUUCUUCGAGCACUUCAUCUUCAUCAGCGAUGCCAUGACCUUCCGGACAGGCCAAAAGGAUGAACAGUCGCUUUGGAAUGAAGAGGACGGAUUCUACUAUGAUGCCAUCUCCUGGGGUGGCCCGUGGCUUCAGCAGCUGCCUGUACGAUCAUUAGUCGGCCUCAUUCCUCUGUAUGCAACCGCAACUCUUGAACCUGAGCUUAUCAAUAAGCUGCCCUCAUUCAAGAAGAGAGUUGAUUGGUUCAUACAAAAUCGCUGCGAUUUGGCGGAGAGGAACAUGGCCAGCAUCCAGAAAAGAGGAAAGGGUAAUCGUAUUCUCCUGUCAAUCGUCAGCAAAGAGAGGCUAGAGAAGAUUCUGGUGCGAAUGCUGGAUGAGGAUGAGUUUUUCAGUGACCACGGUAUUCGUUCAUUAUCCAAAUUCCACAAAGAGAAUCCCUACUCCAUGGAAGUCAAGGGUCAAGAGUUCAAAGUUGGCUACGUUCCCGGAGACUCUGACACUGGACUGUUUGGCGGCAAUAGUAACUGGAGAGGACCGAUCUGGCUCUGCGUCAACUUUUUGCUGAUUGAGUCGCUGCAGCGAUUCUAUCUCUUCUACGGGCCCGAUUUCAAGGUUGAAUGCCCUACUGGCAGUGGUGUUGAAAUGCACCUGGGUAAAGUCUCGGAAGAACUCCAGCAUCGACUGCAGCAUCUCUUUGCCCGCGAUGACUACGGAAGGCGCAGCAUCAAUGCUGGAGAUGAUCGCCUCGACUACGACGAGCACUGGAAAGACUACCUUUGGUUCCACGAGUUCUUUGACGGCGACACCGGCAGAGGUCUCGGUGCUACUCACCAAACUGGAUGGACCGGUCUCAUUGCUCGGUUGAUUCAUGACACAGGCGUCAGCUGCCGUCUGCCUCAAACUCCUCGAACACCAUCAGUCGCCAUGGCACACUACUUUGACGAUAUUUUCCAGAGGCAUAUAGACACCGGCGUCCCUCACCCAGGAGGCAGACGCCACCUCAGACGAUCAUCAACAGCCCGCUCCAUCACUGCCCGAAGCGAUUUUGAAUCGUCUGUGAAUGGUGACGACGACGCUCGAUCCGUGACCAACUCGGUUUAUCACGAUGAUCCUGAAAGGGUCAAAGAGAAGCAGGAAGCUGAUUCUCACAUGCACCGGUACAUCUCCGACCAGCUUCGCAGAUACACCGGCGUUAACGAGGAUGACUCUGGAGGCGAUGAAUAUGAAACUAGGGCAUAG